UUCAUGGAAAAUAAUACAGAGGUGACAGAUUUCAUCCUGCUUGGACUAACCAGCGCCCCAGAGCUGCAGAUCCCGCUCUUUACAAUGUUCAUUCUCGUUUAUGGCAUCACUCUGAUUGGGAACCUGGGAUUAAUCGUGUUGAUCCUGCUGGACCUUCGUCUCCACAUUCCUAUGUACUUUUUCCUUAGUAACCUGUCUCUGGUGGAUCUUUGUUACUCCUCAACCAUCACUCCAAAGGUGAUGGCUGGGCUCCUCAUAGGAGACAGUGUCAUCUCCUACAAUGCCUGUGCUGCUCAGAUGUUCUUUUUUGUAGCCUUUGCCACUGUGGAAAAUUACCUCUUGGCCUCCAUGGCCUAUGACCGCUAUGCAGCUGUGUGCAAACCCCUACAUUACACCACUACCAUGACAACAAGUGUAUGUGCUCACAUGGCCAUAGGCUGCUAUGUGUUUGGCAUUCUGACUGCUGCUAUUGAUGUUGGAGACACAUUCUGUCUCUCUUUCUGUAGGUCCAAUGUGGUCCAUCACUUUUUCUGUGAUAUUCCAGCAGUCAUGACUCUAACUUGCUCGGAUAAAGAUGUGAAUGAGCUGAUUCUUCUUCUCCUUUCAAGCUUUAAUAUAUUUUUUGCCCUUCUUGUGAUCUUGAUUUCCUACUUGCUCAUAUUCGUCACUGUUUUGAAGAUGCACUCAGGUGAGGGCUACCGGAAGGCUUUAUUUACUUGUGCUUCUCACCUUGUUGCAGUUUCCAUAUUUUAUGGGACUGUCAUCCUCAUGUAUUUACAGCCAAGCUCCAGCCAUUCCAUGGACAGAGACAAAAUAGUAUCUGUGUUCUACACUAUGCUCAUCCCCAUGCUGAAUCCUAUGGUCUACAGCUUAAGGAACAAAGAGGUAAAGAAUGCAUUCAGGAAGGUUGUUGAGAAAGCAAAGGAUUCUGUAGGUUUAAUCUUUUAA